UAAUAGACACUGGAGGGAGGAGCCUUCCUAGGACAUAUUUAAAGCCAGAACAGAGCGAAGUGAAACCCACUUGUUUCCCAACAACACAAUGCAUCUCUUUACUCUGGUCCUUGGGAUCUGGCUUCUUCCAAAAGUCGACACCCUGACAUGUUAUGAGUGUGUACCGGGACUCUCUGGAAGUUGCACUGAGUCAACCAAACAAUGUCCCACAGCAGAUCAUCAGUGUGGAGCAAUGAGAGUUUUAACAUAUGCAGGAGUUUCAAAACUUUCUGAUAUUCAAGCAAAGGGUUGUACUUUGGCUCAACAAUGUAUUACUGGUUCAGUCAACUUUGGAGCUGCCAAAACCAUGCUGACCAGCAAGUGCUGCAACUCUGACCGUUGCAACAGCCAACCUGCUCCUGAUGCCAGCCAAUCCUCUCCAAAUGGCAAAAAGUGCUUCACCUGUGAAGGAGAAACAUGCACUAAAACUUUAAACUGCGAAGGGAAUGAGGACCACUGCAUCAAAACAACAUUGGCUGUAGGAGGAAAUAAGGUGACAGUGAAGGGCUGUGCCUCCAAGACGAUUUGCACAGCUGCUUCAAAUCCGCAGCUUUCAGGAGUUGUUGGAGCAGAAAUGAGCUGCUGUCAGGGCGACUUCUGCAACAGUGCCAGCAGUGCAAGCGCCGGCCUGCUGCUGUUGGUGGGGCCACUUAUUUCUUUGGUCUUGUUCUCUUAGCUGAUGAAGACAGCAGCAUCAUUGUCCAGUUUUUCUUAUCAUAUUGGUUUAAUUAAAGAGUUAACACCCCUGUUCUUCUUUCAGUACAUGCGUGUGUGACAGUGGUGAAAACAUUUUAGUAAGAUACGAUGUAAAGGAAAGGCAAAAGGUUAUCUGCUUGUUACGGUUGUUUUUUUUUAGUGUGUGUGUUUGUGUGACUUUAGAAACCAGAUGUGUCUGUUUUUACAUAAAAAAUAUUUAAAUGUUAUUCAAUGUUUUAACAAGUAAGAGUCAGAUAAUGGACUUACAGGGAAAUAGUGUUUCCAUUUAAUAUCUCCUUAUUUUUAUUGAAAAAGUGUAUGCCAAAACAAAUAAACAAAUCCACAAAAA